AUGUCACUGGCAAUUUUGCUCUCUAGACGCUCACUCACGACGAUUCUCCUCGGCCGCCAUCCUCACCAACCCGGCAUCUCCAGUGCCUUUAACCUCACCAUCGAGAGGACAACCCAUAUCGCUAGGGCCUACGACAUCAGCAACCUCAACGACUGCUCCUCCGGUCUAUCAUCAUCCUGCACACUUCCUCCUCCCCUACUUCAGAUUCCCAAAGGAUACACAACCUGGACUUCUAAGAGCACAAAAUCCUACAAAGAAACUGAUCUAAUUGGGGGUGCAGUUCAUCUCCAUGGACAAAUAAUCAAGGAUUAGGUGGAAAAUCUAAAGAUCAAGGGGUAUGUCUGA